CCUUGUUGAACCAAAGAGAAACCCUACCACAAUAUUGAUCAAAUGGCGCCUCCGUCACGAACAAGACAACCUCUGAAAUCCAUCCUCAAAAAAUCUUCUUCUUCCAGCACGACCAAGUCAGAUCCUCUGUUCCCUUCCUCGAAAAAGGACAAGCGGAGAAUCAAACAUGAGCAACUUAUCAACAAGGUGGCCAAGUCGUCCGCGAAGACACCCAGACGCAGAAGACCGAACAAGAAACUAGUCGCCACCCUCGAUUCAUUAGCAGAUGCGUUACCUACAGCCAACGACAACGGCGAGGCUGCCACUCGUGGUGCAGCUGGUGAACGGCCAGAAGAUCAAGUUAAUAUCAUCAAGCGCAAGAGCAUGAAGUCUAGGCCAGGAGCUAUGAAGAGAAGAGAAAACCUCGAUAAAGGCGAAAGGCAACGCUUUGUGAAGAACAUGGCACAAUUAGCUACAUCUCGGCCAAACAGUGGCCAUGGCAAGGAGGGUGCCGGCGCUCAAGACGGAGUGCAGACCCCUGUGCCUUCUACAAGUGAUAGGUGGGCUGCUCUUAGAGGUUUCAUCUCGCAGACGUUGGAAACGAAGCCUGAACUGAAGAGCCUGAAGACUUGAAGAAAACGAGGGAGGCACACUGCCAUUUGCUUCCUCGCUACUGAGUCAAUACAAGGUGAUGUACGCCAUUAAGUCCUUCAGAUAUGGAGGAUCGGUGCUACAAUGAACGGACUCUCGUGCAGCACUAAUCCCUGGUCGAACAACCUCAAAGGUCAUGCCUGAAACACGCCUGCCCUGCAAGGGAGGACGUUGGAAGAAGUGAUCACAUCGAUCACUGCCGCCUGACACACGUCAAGCAACACCAGUGGGAGUGACUCGCACUGCACCUGGAGAGUUCCUUCAGGGUCGGAUGCGCGGACAAAAAGAGCAGAUGCACGCUUUCAACAAUUCUGGACGGCAGAUAUACUGGACCAGCCACGUUGAUCAAUCAAUGACGGAGGCCUCGGCUCAUGUCACUAUGCUGGAGUAUUGUGCUAUGCACAUGCUGCCUCCUCUAUCCUCGACACGCUUCCGUCGAGUCCGGCCUUUCCAUAUCGGGACUCUUUGGGAAUAUUAGCGAGGAUCAACCCAUGGAUCUUGCCUACGGUCUCAAUUUCAUCCUGAAAUCAAGUUCGGUCAAGAGGAUGACUUCCCAUCAGCCCCGAUCGGAUUCUGCGGCCCAGUCAGCCAGCCGACCCAUGAGACUUUCACAAAUACGAUGUCCACUUGCCUGUUCCUGAGUUCCUUGAGACUUUUGAGCUUCCUCUAGCAGGUUGAGUCAAUUCUUGUACGAGUGGUCGGCGACGUGCGGUGACGAUCACUUACUGUACUUCUUGAUUUGCACCUGACCCCACGCAGCUCGUACCAACUUCAACCGCACAAGCACUCCAUUUUCAAUCAGGGAAGCCGGAGUGCCCUCGGCAAAAGUCCUGGCCUCGAUGCACCGUUGUAUCACUCUUUCAAUGAGCACCUUUCUUUCACGCUCAGGGAUAGCCCCGAAAUUGAUGAAAGGAUCCGCCCAGGCGGACUUUGGAAACUCUGCAAUAUAAGUUUUAUGGACAACUCGAGCAAAUGCCUGCCGAGUCAGUUCUUUCCUGCUUCCGCCAGCAAAAUGUACCGACCCUAAGAUUUUCAAAUUCUCCAUGGUUG